UCAUCAAGUCUAAUAGACGCUUUUAGUUGUUUGGAUGAAGCAAGCUUCUACUCAAUUGACAAAAUGACAGACUUGCUGAAAGGCGCACCAAAUGGUUUUACUGCUGCAGUACAGCAGAUGAACACACUUCCAACAGAAAUUAUAUUUACCUUGAGCUCUGAUGUUGCCAUCCUUUUGCAGAAUAAAAUUGGAGUUGUGAAUUUGGAUAAGUUGGUCAAGAUGGUGCAAGAUUUAAAUACUGACAUUGACAGAGACACACUACAGAGCAUUGUCAACGCAGUGACAUACUUAUUUAGGUGGAGUACGAAAGCCGGCUUAUCCUCCGAGGAGUUUUCUGGUAUAUUGGAGUCUAGUAGCCUCUUCCAAGCCCCUGCUUGCUCUGCCCUCACCACUGUAUGGUCCCAGCAGAGGUCCAAUCUGCAGCUAUCUGAUGAGCAGAGGCAUGUGCUGGGAGUGGGUCAGUUGCUGGACCUACAGUGGAAGCUGGGUAUGGCCGUGACCUCAGAUCAGUGCCGGAACCUGAACUCUCCAUAUGUCACCUUGACCUUCACAGUAGGCGACCCUGGGGGCAGUGUCCGAACACAUGCUGUGGAGAUGACCACUGCACAGUUCAGGAAUUUUUCAAAGCAGUUGAAGGACAUUCAGAAGAUGCUGGAAGUAGUUUGACUACAAAAAUAUGAGAUGCAUCAUGCAAAAAUGGGGGUUAUGCCAUAUGCACCCAGCGUAGCUUCAGACCUGUCUGCACAUUUGCGCAGUCUAGUUAGGAGCUAUACAGUCUGCUUACCAGACCACAAUACCUUAUGUGACUUUAAUGCGGACAGGGAAGCUCUUUACAAGACUCUGCAGUCUUGCUAUGCUUGCCGCAUGUUUAAUAAGACCCAUCUACAUAGAACAUCGCACAAGUAUAUGCACUAGUUUCCUUAAUUUCAAGUGUAAAGCAGAGUGCAAUGGGCUGUGAAAUGAAAAGAUAGACAGUCGACACAAAAAGACUUAUCAGUUUAGGAAUCGUAUAAAGUGUAUUCAAAUUAAGCAACAAUAGUAACCAUUUUUUUGCCUCUCUUAAGAGACAUUGGAAUGCAAGUCUAGCCAUGGUAUGUUCAGUCUAGCCAUGGUAUGUUCAGUCUAGCCAUGGUAUGGUCAGUCUAGCCAUGGUAUGGUUAGUCUAGCUGUGCUAUGGUGGUCAGUCUUGCCAUGCUAUGGUCAGUCUAGCCAUGGUAUGGUCAGUCUUAUCAUGGUAUGGUCAGUCUAGCCAUGCUAUGGUGGUCAGUCUAGCCAUGCUUUGGUGGUCAGUCUAGCCAUGGUAUGUUCAGUCUAGCCAUGGUAUAUUCAGUCUAGCAGGUAUGGUUAGUCUAGCCAUGGUAUGGUUAGUCUAGCCAUGGUAUGGUUAGUCUAGCCAUGUUAUGGUUAGUCUAGCCAUGGUAUGUUCAGUCUAGCCAUGGUAUGGUUAGUCUAGCCAUGGUAUGGUUAGUCUAGCCAUUGUAUGGUCUAUCUUGCCAUGCUAUGGUGGUCAGUCUAGCCAUGCUUUAUUGGUCAGUCUUGCCAUGGUAUGGUUAGUCUAGCCAUGGUAUGUUCAGUCUAGCCAUGGUAUGGAUCGUCUAGCCAGGGUAUGGUUAGUCUAGCCAUGGUAUGGUUAGUCUAGCCAUGGUAUGGUUAGUCUAGCCAUGGUAUGGUCAGUCUAGCCAUAUUAUGGUCUGUCUAGCCAUGGUAUGGUCAGUCUAGCAAUGGUAUGGUCAGUCUAGCCAUGGUAUGGUCAGUCUAGCCAUGGUAUGGUCAGUCUAGCCAUGGUAUGUUCAGUCGAGCCAUGGUAUGGUCAGUCUAGCCAUGGUAUGGUCAGUCUAGCCAUGGUAUGGUUAGUCAAGCCAUGGUAUGGUCAGUCUAGCCAUGGUAUAGUCAGUCUAGCCAAGGUAUGUUCAGUCUAGCCAUUGUUUGGUCAGUCUAGCCAUGGUAAGGUCCGUCUAACCAUGGUAUGUUCAGUCUAGUCAUGGUAUGGUCAGUCUAACCAUGGCAUGGUCAGUCUAGCCAUGCUAUGGUGAUCAGUAUAGCCGUGGUACAUGUAUUGUCAGUCUAGUCAUGGUAUGGUCAGUCUAGCAAUUAUAUGUUCAGUCUAACCAUGGUAUGGUCAAUCUAGCAAUGGCAUGGUCAGUCUAGCCAUGGUAUGGUCUGUCUUACCAUGGUAUGGUCAGUCUAGCCAUGGUAUAGUCAGUCUAACCAUGGUAUGGUCAGUCUAGCCAUAGUAUGGUCAGUCUAACCCUGGUAUGGUUAGUCUAGCCAUGGUAUGGUUAGUCUUACCAUGGUUUGGUCAGUCUAGCCAUAGCAUGGUCAGUCUAGCCAUGGUAUGGUCAGUUUAACCAUGGUAUGGUCAGUCCACUGUUAAGACAAACACAGAUUGUAGUGUAUUGUCUAUACAAGUUUGUGUGUGUAAGGGCUUGAUUUUUAUUGUAAAUGUAUUAUAACAUUCAUAGCAUUAUGUUUUGGGCAUUUUAAUGUAGUGAAUAUUUACCAAAGUACUAUUAUAACACUUGAAUAACAAACCAAAACAAUAUACUGCUUACAGCAAGCAUAUUUCCCAUUAUGAAGUGCUUUCAAAUCAUACUUUGAAUUUGCUUUUUCCUGUAAAAUAAUUUAUUUUUAAAAGCAUAAUUUAAAUAUAUUUUGUUGAAUGCCUGUGUUAAUGGUUAAGCAUUGAUGAUGUAUACUAUUAUUGUUUUUAAUAACAUCAUGUGUUUUAAUAGAUCUAUCCAUAAGAAGCAUUUACUAGUUAGAAGUUAAAGAAGGUAUAUCCAAGUAAUUCAAGUAGAUGUCGAUAUCAGCAACUGGCAAUUAUGAAAUAUGAUAUAAAGGCAUAAUUUGAAUCUGGAAUACAUGUCUCUCACAAUCUGUUGACCUUCAUUUAAAUUGUUUCAUGUUAUUUUACAAUGAUCUUCUUACUGCCAUUGUAUGAUGCACAAUUAAUUGUUUUAUAUAUGGUUGUUUAUGAAAUUGGAAGGCUUUGUUACUGUUAUGUAUUGAUAUAAUAUUGCAUGAGAAUCUCAAUAAAUUAAAAACAUA